AACUCGCCAAACGAUAAUAUCAAUCCAAAGCUUGCUUGCAUUUACAAAGAUCUCUCUGCAAGCCGAGAAUUGGUUGGACCGCCGUUAAACUCCAGAUCGCAAGUGGGUUCUGUUCUGUUCACUCCUGCGGCGGCGUCGCGUGGAACCGUAAAGGAUUGGGGAAAUCCCAAAACAGAGAGGGCUUUGUGGUUACCUUUUCCGUUUCGGUCUUGGAAAUCAUCAUCGACCUGAAUUCAGUCAAUUAUAAAUAGGAGACGAGACAAGACCGGCGAUAGAGUAUCAGAGAUAAGGUGUUACAGAAAGUUGUAGUCUUCGAAGAAAGACACAGACCACCAUCUCAUCUGCAAUACGUAUAAUGUGUAUCAGUGAGAUCAUCCCCGCAGAACCAGAUUGGUCAGCUUUGCCAGAUGAGACAUUGGGUAUGAUUGCUCAUCGUCUUAUCAAGCUGAAGGAUGUAAUCCAAUUCGGAGCUUCUUGUAAGCCGUGGAGACGAGCGGUGCCAGCCAAGUUUAGGCAGUCCAUCCCUUGGUUGAUGCUUCCCUAUUGCAGCAGUGGCAACUACUGUAGUAGUAAUUCUGCUACCAUGCUUGGCUGCAAAGGUACACAUACCUGUAGGUGUUUUUACGAUCUCAUGGAGCAACAAUUUCAUCAUAUAGAGUUACCCCAAGGUUUGAACAAAACUUGUCGUGGUUCUGCCUUCGGGUGGAUGUUCAUGAUGGAUAGGACACCAUCAUUGUUAUUACUCAACCCUCUUACUAGGUCUACCAUCCCUCUGCCCCCAAUCACCAGUUUUCCUGAUGUGUUGGGAUUCUUCCCUGACAAAGUCGGCAAAGAAUAUUUGUAUUUAGAUAAGGAUGGAUUGCGGAUAGCUAAGGGGAAAAAGGAAAUUGAGCAUAACUACAUACAUAGGGUUGCCCUUUCAGCCGAGCCCACCUCUGAGGAAUGUGUCCUCAUGGUCAUUCGCUCCCCUACUGAUCGCACCCUAGCAUUUUGCAGGCCUACUACUGCUACCAUCGACAACCAAAAAUGGACAUUAGCUCCUAAUGGCAGUGGAAGUGAUGGGGAUUUAUCCAAACUGAUUUGCUUUGAGGAUGUUGUGUAUUGGAAGGGUCAAUUUUAUGCCCUUGUCAAUGGCGGGAGAGUUUUUGUUUGUGAUCUUUCUUCCCCGAAUUGUCCAAGAUUGUCGUUGUUUCUUGACGUGCAUCGCUCCUGUCGGAUUAAGUCUAUCAACAACUAUUUACUAAUCAGUCCAACAGAUGAGUUGAUGAUGGUGACUAGGAAUGUAAGCCUUCAUGGCGACAGUCGAAAUCGUGAUGGCGGUAGCAUUCAUCAGAAUCGCUACGAUUCGGUUGAUGGUGAUGAGGACUUUAGCGAUGAUACUGAGUGGACAGAUGAUGAUGGUGACGAUAGUGAUGAGGACAAUGACCUUCCAGCGGAUGAGUCCGACCGUGAAGUGGACCAUUAUGGUAUGGAUAGCGAGUCAGAUGACAAUGAUAAUGACGGCCACCCCAUUAGAGAGAUUCAGUUGUUGACCGAUGAUUUCAGAGUUUUCAAGAUGAGGGGGGAUAGAAAAGGGUGGGAUGAGGUCGAAAGUAUUGGGGAUUUUGCUCUUUUCUUGGGUUACAGCUCUGCUACUUGCAUCUCCACCAGAGACCACCCCGAAUUGGCUCCCAAUUCCAUUUAUUUCACAGAUGAUAUGACUGAAAAGCAUUGUAAGCGGAGGCUUGCGGGUGCCGACAUGGGUGUUUACGACCUCACCACUCGGAAUUUUACACCAUUCUAUUGUACAACCUCAGUUCAUAAUAACCCUUCAUUUAUCUGGCCACUGCCUGUAUGGGUCUUACCAUCCAACUUUUAGACGCCCCUACCUAACCAACGACUAGGAAGGAGAUGCAAGCCAUCAAUUCUCAAGGGAGCUGUAUGUCUAGACAUACCUUUGUAUCUUUUGCUUGAAUUUAAGUGGUCAAACUCUUAUUUUGCAAUCAUUGUGGUCUCUAUUUCCGCUGGUUGUUUAUUUGUUCUGUUUCUUCUCGUUUUGAUUCCUUGAUGUGCUUGUUAAAACAUUAUCUGUUACCACAUAGCAAUGCAAUAGUAUUAGUAAAGGAUGUUAAAGAGUUAUCACCAGGGCGGAGUGUAUGGCGGUUGGCUCACUAUUAGCUUCCUUGUCAAUGCAUGUUUCGUUAGAAACCAGGCAGCCAG